AUGUGGAUUCUCCCGUUGGUAGGAUACCUGGGGGUGAUUGUUGGCUUUGUCUUUCUCACCCUAGCCAUCGCUUCCGGACUCUAUUAUCUGUCAGAACUUGUGGAAGAGCAUACCGUGCUUGCCCGUCGGCUACUAAGUCGUUUGAUCUAUGGCAUCAUUACGGUUCAGAUUCUCCUAGUCAUUUUCGACCGCUUUCCACUGUUCCUAUCCCUCCUCAGCGUCGUUUCCCAUCUGGUCUACGCCAGCAAUCUACGCCGGUUUCCUAUUGUCAAACUCUCCGAUCCACUAUUCAUUCUAUCGUGUCUCUUGGUCGGCAUCAAUCAUUGGCUAUGGUUUCGCCACUUUUCCAAACCGUUGCCCUCGUCCCGGCGCACCGAGAAUAAUUGGCGUCAGCCGUAUCAAGUCGAUUACGACGAAAUGCCAUCCUUUUCCGAGGUAGCUUCAUAUUUUGGGCUCUGUGUUUGGUUGGUUCCUUUCGCUCUCUUUGUCAGUCUCAGCGCCGGGGAGAAUGUUUUGCCCAGCAUGGGCUCGGAAUAUGCUACCGGAGACCAUGUUCCGCCAACUGGGUUGGGCCAUAGCCGCGGUCCUUCUGAUGGAAAAGCCAAGAACAAGGGCAUGGCCAAGGCAUUGGUGGAUAAUGUGCGAGACUGGGCCCGGGAAAAUGGCGAGCUCAUGGGCCUCUGGAGGGGAGAGCGGACGAGACGGUUUUGA